AUGAUAAAGUAAAAGCGACCCUUAAAGGAACAGAAACUAGAAAUAAGUUAAAACAACAUAUUCAAGAUAAUUUUAAUUAGAGCAGAAAACUCAAUCAAAAAUUUAACAGAAGAGAAAUAAUAAUAAUUUAUAGUGAAAUAAUCAGAUUUUAAAAUAGAGAAGAAAUCAGAAUCCUAAAAUUCAAAUUCCACUCCAUAAAAAACCAAAAAGCAAUUAGAUGAUUAACAUUCUGAAGAAAAAACAAAAGUUGCUUAAUAACAUAUAUAUAUUGAUUGGAAAGAACUUAAUUUAUUUAUUUAUUCUUAUGUUAUUUUGAUAAAAAUAAUUCUAACUAAUAUAAUAAUCUAAUUAGCAGAAAAAAUGAGCGAAUUAAGGGAUUUUGAUAUAAAGUAGUUACACGACAACAUUUAAAGUUGUUUCUAAUAUUUAGAUAAAAAGAUAUACAGAGCAAUGAAUAUAGCACCAAUUAGUAAUACUAUAAUUAUUGAAAAACCUAAUUCAGCCAUGUAUUUUAUAAGAUGAUUUAAAGUGCUCAAGAAUACAAAGAAUUGUAACAUCAUGUGAAAUAACUAUAAAUCCAAUAUGAUCAGGUUUGUUACAAGUACAUGCAACUAAUAAAAAAAUAUCAAAAUAUGAAAAUUACUUUAAAACUACAACAAGAAGAAAUAGAACACUAAUGCGAAUUAAUUAAAGAAAUUAAAUUAAUUCAUCUUCAAUAGCCUGAAGUAAUCGAGAUACCAGUUUAUGAAUAUUUAAGAGAAUUUACAAAAAAUAAUCAUAGUCAAUUAAGUAAUUUUUUAUAAAUAUUGAUGCAUACUAAAAAAUUAGAUAUUUCAAUGAUCGAAUUACUUUAAAAUAUUGAGAAAUAUUAUAGACCUUAAAAUAAACUAUUAUUUUAAGAUAAGUACGUUUAUCCAAAAGUACCGUUGAAAAAAAUAAGAGAGAGGAUAUUAAAAACAUUGCCUGAUCAGACAAUUUCAUAAAAUUUAAUACCAGAAAGAUCGAUAUCAUUCUAAUGA